AAAAAAUGAGGGAGAGGGGGAACGUUCGAAGCUGAAGCAGAAGCUUCAAUUGAUCAGACCAGGACUGAAGCUAACAGGGGCAUCCUUAAUUCCUGUGCUUCUCUCUAUCUAGUGAUGGCUGCGGAUGAAGUACUUGCGGAAGUUGAAGCUGUGGAAGCUGUCUAUGGCAGUGAUUGCGUCGUCAUUGGUUCCUUCCCUCCCCAUCUCCAUAUCUUCCUGAAGCCCAGAACCGCUGAUGUUUCCUCGGAACAAUUUGUUGAGGCCAUUAUAAAGAUACAGGCUAGCCCACAGUAUCCAAAUGAGCCACCUUGUAUUUAUCUGGUGGACUGCAAGGGUCUCGAUGAACAGAGGCAGAAAGAGCUAAUGAAUUACAUACGAGACAAAGCUCAUGAGCUCUCCCCGUGCCUAAUGCUUGUGGCUCUUUGUGAGGAAGCGGUGGAGAAACUCUCAGCUAUGAAUCAUCCUGAUGGUGACUGUCCAUUGUGUUUGUACCCUUUAGUUCCAGAAGAUCUGCAAAAUAAAUCCUCUCCUUUUAUGAAGCUUAUGUCAUGUUUCCAUUGCUUUCACAGGGAAUGUAUAGCUAGAUGGUGGAAUUGGCUUCAGAGUUUGAGAGAAACAGAAUCCUCCAAUUCUGCUGCUGCAACUGCAUGUUUUACCCAUCAUACAGAAACAGAGAAAGAUGUAGAUGAAAAAAAAGAUAAGAAUGUUGGAAACUGCCCAGUCUGCCGUAUGCCUUUUUAUGCCAAGGACUUAGAGCACGUGGUUGACCUCAUCGACUCACAUGUUUCCCAAUUGAGUUUGGACAGAAAAGAAGCCGAUGUUGAUGACAGUAUACUUCAUUGUGAGCAUGAGAUCAGUAGGAGGGAGAAAUUUGAGGCCAUAUUAAAAAUACAGGAAGAGAAUAGUGGUAUUAUUGAACCCAAAAGAGAUAUAGCCGUAUUGCCUGGUAUGUUCCUUCCACGACAAGUUGCAAAUCCGGGCCAUGAAUAUACCGAAGAAUCUACUGAACAGCAGGAGAAAGAUGCAGCUGCAGUUGUCUCAGAAAAUCAUGCUAGUAGGAACUCAAGUGGACCUAGUUCUAGUAGGAACCGAGCAAAGCACGAAGGAAAAGGUGAUCACCACUCACAGUCCUAUAACUCAACGGCAAGAAAUCCAAGAAAAGCUGUGCAGCAUUGGGUUAGAAAGUAUAAUGACAAUGAUAAGCAGCGGAGAUGAUCAUUAUUAUUGCUACAGUUAAUGUUUGCAGAAGUCACAGCAUGUAAAGGAGGUAUGGAGCAAUGUGCAAGAUAGCAGGAAGACAGUUACCUUCUCCACUCCUUAUGACUAUUUUAAUAUAAAAUUCACCCAUUCCCUUAAUAAAAUUUUAGUAUAAUUU